UUGUCACUUCUAAAAAUCACUUCAUUUUUUUGCCCUUUUCGUUUUAGUAUUCUCUAAAAACAAACAAACCCUAGUUGUUGUUUUGUAUGUUUGUAUGUUGGUUGAAGAAUUAUGGGUAUACUUGAAAAAAUAACUGAAGCGUUGCAUAACAAUGAGGAGGAAACAGUAGAGUUAAGGCGAAAAAUACUGAAGUUAAUUUUGGAUGACUUAAAAUUGUCCAACAACUGUUUGAAAGAAUGCUUGAGUGAAGAGUUGCAAUCAAAUUGGAAGGCUUUGAGUGUUGCAAGAAAAGGGUUUGCUGAGACUGUAAAGUUAAGGGAAGAGAAGUUAAAUGAUCAAGAAAAGAUGGUGGAAAGGGUUUGGGAAGAGGUUGAAUUUGAGAGGAAACAAAUAGAGGAAAAGUUAAUGGGGAUUAAUGUGAAAGAAAAAGAGUUGAAUAAGAUACAGAGAUGGGUUUAUCAAGAAACACAUGCUAUUGACUUGAAAGAUCAAGAAUUGGCUAAAAAGAUUGAAGAAUUUCAUGUUAAGGAAGAUGCCCUUGAGUUGAAAGAUCAAGAAUUGCUUGAAAAAAUGGAAGAUUUUCAUGUAAAGGAAGUUAAUUUGAUGAGCAUGAAGGAGAAUCUUGAAGUUAAGGAAAUGGGGUGGGAAUCUGUGAAGAAAGGGCUUGUUAUAAAGGGGAGUAAGUUGGAUAAUGGGAAGAAAGAACUAAGGGUGGAUGAGAAUGACUUGGAUUUUGUGAAAAAAGAACUGAAGGAGAAUGAAAAUAAGUUGGUAUUUGUGAAGAAGGAUGUCACUGUUCAAGAAAGUAAGUUGGAUAGUGUGAAGAAAGAAUUAAGGGUGGAUGAGAAUAAGUUGGAUUGUGUGAAAAAAGAACUAAAGGAGAGUGAAAAUAAGUUGGAAUCUGUGAAGAAGGAUGUCACUGUUGAGGUAAGUAAGUUGGAUAGUGUGAAGAAAGAAGUUGGAGUAAACGAAAGUAAAAUGGAGAUUUUGAAUGAAGAACUUAGAGAAAAGGAAAAUGACUUGGAAGCUGUGAACAAGGCACUUGCUGUUAAGGAAAAUAGGCUGGAUUGUGUGAAGAAAUUGUUAAGAGCGAAAGAAGGUAUCUUAGAGAUGCUUAGAGAAAAGGAAAAGAAAUUGGAUUAUGUGAAAAGGGAUUUAAACGAGAAUGAAUAUAAGUUGGAGUCUAUGAAGAAGGAUCUCACUGUUGAGGAAAGUAAGGUGGAUAGUGUGAAGAAAGAAGUUGGAGUAAAUGAAAGUAAAUUGCAGAUUUUGAAGAAAGAAGUUAGAGAAAAGGAAAAUAACUUGGAAUAUGUGAAUAACGUACUUGCUGUUAAGGAGAACAGGUUGGAUGGUGUGAAUAACGUGUUAAGAGAGAAGGAAAGUAGCUUAUAUUAUUUGGAGGAGGAAUUUAGAGAAACACAAAAAGGUUUGGAUUAUGUGAAAAAGGAUUUAAACGAGAAUGUAAAUAACCUGGAAGCUGUAAACCAGGCACUUGCUGUUAGGGAAAGUAGGUUGGAGAUCUUGAAGAGAGAACUUACAGAAAAGGAAAAUAACCUGGAAGCUGUGAAUAAGGCACUUGCUGUUAAGGAAAAUAGGUUGGAUGGUGUGAAGAAAGCAUUAAAAGUGCAGCAAAGUAACUUAGAUUAUCUGAAGAAGGAACUUAGGGUAAAGGAAAAAACAAUAGAUUAUUUGAAAAAAGAACUAAGGGAGAAGGAAACUAACUUAGAUUCUAUGAAGAAGGAACUUGCUGUUAAGGAAAACAUGUUGGAUACUAUGAAGAAAGAACUGACACUGAAUGAAAGUAACUUAGAUGUUGUGAUGAAGGAGCUUAAAGAAAAGGGAAAAAACUUGGAUGUUGUCAAAACGGAGCUGAGGGAGAGGGAGAAUGAAUUGGAGUCAGUGAAAAAGGAAUUCAAAGCUGAAGUAGAUAACUUGAAUGCUCUUAGAAAGCAAGUUGAAUCUGAGGAGGAGAUCCUGUCCUCAACGAAGAAGAAACAUGAGCACAAGGAGAAGUUUCAGGAUGCAAUGAAGAAGAAACUUGAACUCCAGGAGGAACACUUGAAAUCAUUCAGUGAGAGGCUCCAUUUAAGGGAGAGAGAGCUUGAUUAUACUCAAGAAGCAUAUAAGCAGCGUUUUGAAGAACUUCAUUCAAAGGAGAGGAAACUUGGUUCAGCAGAGGAAGUUACGGGAAAAAGCUAUGAGGGCUUUCAAUCAGAAAAGAGAAAAUUCCUGGUAGAGCAAGGACUCUUUGAGCAACGCAUGAAAGAUGUUAUACUUAGAGAGGAGAGGAUUAAGAAUAUAUUAGAAGAGCUUGAAUCAAGAGAGAAACAUUUUGAGGAUCGGUCUAAAGAGCUCAGAGAGAAAGAGAAGCAGUUGAAUGAUAUUUCUAAUGCGCACUUAAAGACAGAACUUAAUGAAGAUGUAGCUGUUGACAGGGUCAAUACUAUUGUUGGUAAUUCUGCUGUUACAAAAUUUAUUGUCAUAAUGGAUGGGAAGAGUUUACAGAUAUUCUUAAACGAGCAUGAGAAAGAGCUGGAUUUGAUGUCUGAUGACGUUUUUGAAGCUCUUCAGAUGUCUCCUGACCCUGCAAAAUUGGUGCUUGAUGCAAUGGAAGGGUUUUAUCCUCCCCAUUUGAGAAAGGGAGAAACAGAGUUCGAGGCUAGUGUUGCCCGACGGAGCUGCAUUCUUCUGUUGGAGCAGUUAAUUAGGGUUUCACCAGAGAUUCGGGAUUUUGAGAGGGGAGUAGCAAGAAAGAUUGCAAGGGAUUGGAAAGUUAAAAUUGAGGCUACAAAAGGGAACCAAGACGAGAUCUUGGGUUUCUUGUAUCUUUUGGCUGCGUACAAUUUGGUUUCUUCCUUUGGUGCACAUGAGCUUAUUAUCCUUCUGGAGAUUGUUGCUAAGCAUGACAAAUUCGCAGAAUUGUGUCGCUCUCUUGGUUUUGUCCAGAAUCUUCUAAUGAAGCAGCAACAUCUUGAAGCUAUUAGAUAUGCUUAUGCUUUUGAACUUGUGGACCAGUUCCCACCCACAGCCAUUCUGAAAGAUUACUUGGAAUGUGUUGAACGUAAUUUUGUGGAUGUCUACAAGAAAGAGACCUGCUCAAUCGAAGAAAAGAUUGAAGCCAUUGAACGAAGGGUUGCUUCUGUUAGAGCUGUUAUCAGAUGUAUCCUGCAUUACAAGCUUCAGUCUCAAUAUCCGGUAGAAGAACUUGAAGAGCGGAUAGAAUUGCUUACAAGGCAGAAGGAAGAUCAAGCUGCAUUAUCUGUCAUUUGUGAUGCUAAAAAGCCAGAGCAAGCUAAUGUGAAUCAGAUGGGAUCUAGUAAUCCAUCUUUUCUCACCGGCACCAAGGCCCCCGCUUGCACUUUAGGUCAUUCCAAUGCUAUGGCAAUUAUCCUUAUGAACAUGAGGGGAAAGAAUUUGCAGAAUUUUUUGAACAAGCAUUUGAAGGAGCAUAAGUUGUUGCGCAGUGAAGUCUUUAGUGCUAUUCUAAUGUCACUGGACUCGGGUAUGCUUGUGUUGGAAGCACUGGAAGGGUUUUAUGCUCCCGAGCAUCAGAAAGAAGAGAUUGGAUUUCAUCGUGAUAUUAUCAGGCGGAGUUGCAUCCUUUUAUUAGAACAAUUGAUGGAACUUUCACCGGGGAUUAAACCAGAGGCUAAAUUAGAAGCAAGCAAGCUUGCAUUUGCCUGGAAAGCAAAGAUGAUGGCUGAAAUGGAAAACCAUUUGGCAAUCUUGGGUUUUCUGCUUCUUGUAGGUUGCUAUAGAUUGACAUCUGCCUUUGAUAAAGAUGAACUUGAGAGUUUGUAUCACAAGGUAGCACAGCAUGUGAAUACAUCUGAAAUCUGUCAUGUCCUUGGUAUUUCAAAUAACACUUCAAGAACUGAUGAUUAUCCUUCAGUAGAAGAAUCCAAGAGACAUAAGGCUCAAGGCUGUACAGAUAAAUCUAUUUGCAACAACAUGGAUAUGAAAGGAGAAGGACAAGAUGUAAUCUGCAAUUGUGCGUCAAGUUUACAUCGUACAUCAAAUCCUGCUUUGCUUGUAUUGGAUGCUCUUCGGAGCUGUCAUCCCGUAAAAUUAGUGAGGUUUGAAAACUUCCCAUCAGUUAUGAGGAGUUUCUCUGAUCUGUUGGACCAGCUGAGAGAAGUUUCUCCAGAUAUUGAACAUCAUGUUAAAAUGGAGGCUAUUGUAUUCGCAGUAGACUGGUAUUCUAAAUUGAAUGUGCCCCAACUAAAUCCUACUGAGAUCACGGCAUUUUUGCAGCUUUUAGCUAUUUAUAGAAUAACAGACUCUUUCCAUUCAGAUGGACUUUUAGCUCUCCUGGAGAAAGUUCAGCCAACUGAAAGGAUUGUUACUUUGGUCAAAAUCCUUGGGCUGACAGAUAAGAUCCGAUACUUUGUCCAAAAUCUUAGAAAUAAAAAGCAGUGGCUAGUGGCAUUCAAAUAUGUCUAUGCGUUUGAGCUUUUUGACUUGGUUUCACCAGUGUCGCUCCUGAAGGAUUAUGUAAGGCACUCAGAACAGAUUGCCGAGCAAAAACUCCAUGCUGGAAAUAGUUCUCAUCAAUCCCAAAUGAAGGCUAUAAACUUUGAAAUGAAUGCACUAAGAAUUACAGUUAAACAGAUUGUGGAUCAUGGUCUUCAGUCGGAAUAUUCACCUUCCUAUCUUCAAGAACGGAUAGAAAAGCUUCUAUAUCAGCUGUCAAACUUGAGGCAAUCAAACUCAAAUCGGGACUUUACUGCUAUGUUCCAACAAGUUAGAACAAAUAAAGAUACUUGUGGAUCUGCUCCACUUGCUCAAGUGCAAAAAGAGCUCACGAAGAAACGUUCUGCCCCAGCUGGUGGCACUGACGUUAUCCACAGGGCUGAACAAAAACAGAAUUUUAAGCGCCAUUGUCAUUUAUCCAUGAGGAGUUGAGUUGUAUCAAGUGUUAUAUUGACAUCCUUCACGGUUAUCUUCUGUACGAACAUUGUGGGUUUUACUUUGUGGAGGAUGAUUUUGAAGGGGUGAGGAGUUUAAAGAUAAUGUUUCUUUUAGGGAGAAAGACACGAGGUUAAGUUUUGGGGUUUUUGGUUAGGUUGGAGGGGGGGGGGGGUGUGGUUUGGGGGGACAGGUGGUGUGGGGAUAAAAUUUUGAGGCUUACAUUUCCGAAAUUUUUAUAUAAAUUUUUGCCAGCAGGAGGUAAACAGUUCAACGAAUCCGGAGGCUACUGGAUGGACUUGAGUUUUAGGAGGGACUUGCAAGAUUGGAAGGUGUCAGAAUUUUAAAGCCUGAUUGAAUUGCUUCACAAACAAAGCACACAUCAGAGGACUACGAGAAGGUAGCUUCUCUUUACAUCUCAGCUUGGAUCCCUAAGAUUCCAAGAUACACCAAACCAUAGCAGAAUAUUCCCAUAUAAGCAAGAGACGGCCCUACAAUGUAGAAAAACAUGAUCCACUAGCAUUAUGUAGGUUGUUUGGAGGGAGAAACAUGUAAGUUUUUGAAGGGGUAGAGACUGAUUCUGAACCGUUGAUAGCCUCUUAUGCCGUAUUUCUUUUUCGUGCACCCAUGAGGUUCCUGGUUGUAUAGACGCUUGGGUGUGACUUGUAUAAAAUCAUAUCUUUUUGUAGGUUAUCCAUGUUUUUGUACAUGUCUUGUA